AUGAUGUUCUCCAUUGCUUUACUCCUCUUAGGCAUGUUGUUCCCUGCCAUCCAGGCCAACCAAUGUGACAAAUGUGAGCUGGCCCAGAAACUGAAAGACAUGGAUGGCUAUAAGGACAUCAGUUUGUCAGAAUGGAUAUGUAUCAUAUUUCAUAUGAGUGGUUGUGAUCCACAAGCCAAAAUUAACAACAAUGGCAGCACAGACUAUGGACUCUUCCAGAUUAGCAAUAAAUAUUGGUGCAGAGAUGACAACAUCCCUCAGUCAAGUAACAUCUGUAAUAUCUCCUGUAACAAGUUCCUGGAUGAUGACCUUGAAGAUGACAAGAUGUGUGCAAAGAAGAUCGUGGAUAUUAAGGGAAUUGACUACUGGUUGGCCCACAAACCUCUCUGCUCUGACAAGCUGGAACAGUGGGUCUGCAAUAAGUUGUGA